AUGUCGAGUGAAGACAAGAAAGCGAUCGUAGCAAAGGGUUCCGAUUCAAAGGAGUUGACAGAAGAGAAUUAUGCAGAGUGGGCAACGGAGAUGCUCAACGCCCUUAAAGCCAAAAGAAAGACUGGUUUUCUGGAUGGAUCCAUCAUAAAACCAACGACAACAGGGUUAGAGAUGGAGUCGUGGACGAGUGUCAACUCGAUGGUUGUCGGAUGUCAAGAAGGUCAAUCCGUAAUUGAUUAUUACAUACUCCUCGUUGUAUUGUGGGAUGAACUGCAAGGUUAUCGUCCGAUUCCCCUUUGUACCUGCAGAGCAGCUACACAAAUUGCAAAAGAGAGAGAAGAUGAGAAAGUUCAUCAGUUUGUCAUGGGACUUAAUGAGUCUCAAUUUAGAAACGUGAUUUGCCAAAUCAUUGAUGCAGAGCUGAUGCCAGACUUGGCACAAGCUUAUGCCAAAGUGAUAAGAGAAGAACAUAGACUUUCAGCGAGCAAGAGAAGAGAACAACAACAUGAAGCUGUCGGUUUCACGACAAGGUCCGUUCCGCAAGCUGAGUCUCCUGUUGCGUUUAAUGGUCAUGAAACAAGUGAGGCAUCUAUUUAUGCAACAAGAUCUGUUUCUGCAAAAUUCAACCAAAUCAAUAACAGGAACAGAGAACGGAGCUUUUGCUCACAUUGUGGGCGAUCAGGUCAUGAGAAGGACUACUGUUGGGAGUUAAUUGGAUACCCAGAAUGGUGGAACGAACGGUCCGGAAGAGGCGAAGGUUGUGGUUUAGGACGUGGAGGUCGAAGUUCGAGCUUCCAAGCAGCAGGUCGUGGUCGUGGUUAUGCGACGGUUACUCACGCCACCAGUCCUCAUGCAUCCGCGUAUCCGUCUCUCACCCCUGAACAAUGGAAAGCACUAGAACAAUUGGCGAAGGAGAAACGGUUCAACAUGUCUGAUAAACUCUCUGGUAAGAUUAAUGAGGAUAUCAUUCUUGAUACAGGGGCCUUACACCAUAUGACGGGAAAUCUUGCGUUGUUAACAAACGUUGGGUCCAUGUCACCGUGUAAGAUCGGAUUCGCCGAUGGAAGUACAACAAUGUCGAGUAGCAUGGGUGUGAUUCACGUUUCAGAUGAUAUAACACUUGAAAAUGUGUUAUAUGUUCCAACCCUUGAUUGCACACUUAUAUCCGACCGUUUUUUGAGGAUGCUGAUUGGAAGAGGUGAAGAGCGUGAUGGGGUUUACUAUCUUAAAGACAAGGAUGUUGUGCGGGUUAACAAGCAAAAUGGACGUGUGGAAAGGAAACACCGUCACAUUUUAAACGUUGCCUGGUCUUUGCUUUUUCAAGCAAGUUUACCAAUCAUUUUUUGGGGAGAAGCGAUUUUAACGGCAGCCUACCUCAUCAACCGAACUCCCACCAAAGUUCUUCAUGGGAAAACACCAUACGAGUUGUUAUUCAACAAGAAACCGUCUUGUGAUGAGUUGAAAGUUUUUGGUUCCGCUUGUUCUACACAUAGGAAAAUGCGUGACAAAGAUAAAUUUGGUCCUAGAAGUCGUUCAUGUAUUUUUGUGGGUUAUCCUUUUGGAAAGAAGGGUUGGAAGGUGUAUGACCUUGAAGAUAAUGAAUUUUUAGUUUCUCGGGAUGUUGUUUUUCACGAGGAUGUUUUCCCGUAUGCCACCAAUCAUAUGUUGCUUGAAGAAGACACGUUAACUGGUCCAACUCGUGUAGAUGAUGAUUGGGUUCUUACACCGGAAUCCACCUCUAUAUUAAGGGGAAGUCCUGAUGAUGACUCUCCAUCUGAUCCUCCCGUAGAAAAUACAACACCGUCGGUUGCCGGUGAAAAUAUAACACCGUUGGUUGCCAGUGAAAAUACAACACCGUCAGUUGUGGAAGAAAAUGUUGACACGGAACCAUCUUCUCCUGUGAUCGUGAAGGAAGAGGAGUCUCCAAUUGUCGAUUUACACACAUCAGCGGAACCACCAGAAGAGUUAGACGUAGGUAAACGUAUGAAGUAUCCCUCUAUUCGGUUACAUGGUUAUGUUACUUACAAUGCUCGUUGUUUAGAAGACUCCCAUCACGCUCCAUCCGACUCCGAUAUGGCUUCCUCGACACCGGUCCAAGGUAAAACACCGUACCCUCUCACAAAUUAUAUUUCUGAUGAUAAUUUCUUUCCUGCUCAUCAAGUGUUUUUAGCUGCGCUUGUUGAGGCUAUUGAGCCGACUUCUUACAAACAAGCUAUUCAAGACCCACAAUAG